AUGACGAUGAUGACGACGAUGCUGGUAUUCAGCAUCGCCAAUGCCUGCCAAAGUGAGGACGAUGAUACCCUCACUGGUGAAGACAACGUUCUUUCAGCAGUGCACACGAAGCCCACUGCUGUUGACAAGGAUGAAUCGACAAAAAUAAUUCUGCUGACUCUCGAAGCGGAUUUGUCCGCUUCGUUCAAGACUCUUCUGCAGAUGCACUAUACGGACAGAAAAGAAACGCAGACAAACAUGGAAGAGCAAAUGUUCUUUCAUUUGAUGAAGGAGACAUAG